CAGCCACGUACACGUACAGGAUCGCCGCUGCUGUUAGCUCUGUGCACAGCAGUGACACAGCUGCACAUCACAGACUUCCGCAUGAUGCUACACCCGUUUACCAGGGCUUCAGUGACAGUGCCAGAGCUGUAAGAUGUCGAUGGUGGUGUUUGCCUCUGUGGUUCGGGUCGGGGAUGGCCUGCCUCUCUCUGCAUCCACUGACUAUGAGCAGGACAAAGAGCUUCAGGAAACCAAGAGGCACCUCAAAGGUCUCUCCAAGAAACUCAGCCAGUUCCCGGACCGCUGCACACUAAAAACGGGACCAUACAAUGUCAAUUUUACAAGCUCAUUGGGUGUUGGAUAUCUGAUGGUGUGCACUGCAAACUACCCCAACGUGCUGGCCUUCUGCUUCCUGGAUGAGCUACAGAAGGAGUUUAUCGUCACCUAUGACACAAAGAGAAUCAGCAGCGCUGUGCGGCCGUACUCUUUCAUUGAGUUUGACACUUUCAUCCAGAAGACCAAACAGCGCUACAACAGCCCUCGCUCGCUAUCCACCAAGAUCAACCUGGCUGACAUGCAGACGGAGAUCAAACUGCGACCACCGUACCAGCUCUCCCCUGAGGACCUGCAGGCUAUCAACGGAUUCUCAGUGCACACGCCCUCUAAGUACAAGGGCAUAGCUCCCACACAGAUGUUGGAGCCAGUGACUCUCCCUGGCAUCGUCUCCUGUGUGCUCAGUGUCCUCUGUGGAGGCUUGAACCUGCUGAGGGGAGUCCACGCUAUUGAGAGCAUACUUCAGAAUGACGAUGAAGACUUUAAUUAUGUGAUUGCCUUCUUCCUCGGCACAGCAGCCUGUCUGUAUCAGUGCUACCUGUUUGCCUACUUCUCCGUGUGGAGGAACAGUAAGUCCUUCCUGGCAUUUGCACUCAUCUGUCUGUCCAACAUGUAUCUGUAUGAACUGAGGAACAUGUGGCAGAUCCUCUUCCAUGUGGCGGUGGGGGCCUUCAUGACCCUGCAAAUCAAACUGAGGCAACCGCUGGGCAAAGCACCAGACUACAACGUCUGACAAAGACCUUAAACACAAAGGACUAACGGACCUCCAGUCAGAUGUCCCGCACAUGCAGCAGAGAUGGCACUGGUCAGUCUGGGGACAACGUUCAGGAAGAGAAACCAAAAAUCUCGCAGCACCACAGUUCCUGUUCACACCAACCAUCAUCCACUGAUCACGGUGUGGACUUGGAUAAAACUCUGCCACAAGCCCCAAGUACAUACGGAUCUUAUUGGAUUGAUUUUGGGAGUUGUCUGCUCCCCACCAUUGUUUUACAAAUAUAUUUACUUUUACUUAUUUUAAGUGCAGCCAUAGUUUAAGUCAGGGUCCUGCACAUGAGCAGUUUUGCAAACCUGUACCUUCCACAUAGCUGCAAAGAUAAGUAUCAGAACCCAACGUACGGUAUAAUCACACACUCACUCUGUUCAAAGCUGUCUAGUUGUUACCAGGAAUUUAUUGUUUUUUAGAUGGUGGUGCAAAUACAAUACCUGAAUUAACCAGUACCAAAAUUAUACUUUUUUGAUACCUUACUUUGAGGAAUAUGAAAGCUUUUUUUGUUUUUUCUUAAAAAAUAAAGGUGCAGUUUGUGGAA